UCUGAUUGCUUGUAUAAUGCUGGAUGGACAGAGGAUAUACGUAAAGUCAUUGACCAUCUUCACUGUCAAUACCCUGAAGCCCCUCUAUUUCUAGUUGGAACUAGCAUUGGUGCAAAUAUUCUGGCAUUUGUUGUGCUCCUGCACGUUGCAAUGAUUGCAAAUAUGGGAUUAAAAGCACCAGAUUAUGGCAGUACUCCUUCCUGUUUCAUCUUUUCCGAUUUUAUAUCAUGCCAGCAAGUUUGGAAUGACACACAACCAAGGGACAACCAAGCAAUUGUUCCUCUGUUGUUGUUUUACAUGUCACACUUCCAGCGUGAUUCCGAAUAUGCACCAGCCAGCUUCCUCUUUACCUUUUUUUCAAGAAUCUCCUGGACUUUAUUCUCUGGACAUAAUUUUGAGCACAAUGCCAGCCAGGUAAAAUUUCUUGGCGAGGAUGGGGUUAACAUCCCUGUUAUUGGGGCUGCAGCUAUCUGUUCUCCUUGGGACCUUCUGGUUGAUAAUGGUUCAAGUGAUUGGGCUUGUCCACCAACUUAUGACAAGUUCCUAAAGAUUCCAGUUUGUUUGAAGGUGAUUCUGAUUUCUGAGGAUAUGGUGGCGAUUAUGUUGUGCAUGGUCGAUAUAUGCGACAAAAUUCCUUCAAGUGCUAUGGCUACUGAUGAUGAUGUGUUAUAUCUGUUUUCCUGUGGGAUGAUGGCUGCUAGUGGUUCUGUAUAUGCUACAAUCUUAGAAAAGGUUACUCGCUCUUAUGCUCUAAAGCUGAUAGGUGACAGGUUUAUUAGCCGUAGGCUUGUGCAGAAAUUCUAUGGCAAAGCUCUAACAACUGGCUUAAAAGGUUACGCCCAAUUGCACCAGCCCAUCUUUUCUCGUCUUGCAGAUUGGGAAGGCAUUGAAAAGUCGUGUUCAGUUCGAGACUUCGACAAUUAUGCUACUCGCCUUGUUGGAAAAUUUGAGACUGUGGAUACAUAUUACAGGCGGUGUAGCAGUGCUGGUUUUGUAGGAAAUGUAAUGGUACCACUACUCUGCAUCAGUGCUAUAGAUGAUCCAGUCUGUACAAGGGAAGCCAUUCCAUGGGAUGAAUGCAGGGCAAAUCAAAAUAUUAUUCUAGCUGCGACACAGCAUGGAGGCCACCUGGCAUUUUUUGAAGGGAUAACUGCAAAAAGCCUGUGGUGGGUAAGAGCUGUUGACGAAUUCCUCAGUGUUCUGCACCGUAGCCCUUUAAUUCACAGAAAAAAAGAGAUGCAAAUUUCCUCCCCAGGCGGCCCUCUUGAAUCUUCAAUUGAUCAGGCCCCUUAUGUAAAUUUUAGGGAUGACGGGAUGGUGACUGCAUUGGGCAAUGAGCCCACAAUUAACAUAGAAGAUUCACAGAAUGAGUGUAUUGUUCAAAAGGAAAACGGUGAAGAUACAAGCUCAAAUACACAAGGGGGUGAUCACCUGACAAGAGAAAAACCACAUAUGACAAGUGAGCUUGAACAGGCCUUGGGACAAGAUGUCAAAGAAACAAUUGUUCCUGUAAAAAAAGGCGUAGAUCAGCUUUGCCGACAGAGUAGGAAAUCAAUGUGGCUGCUUGCAUACAUUGCAAUAGUAACAACGUGGCCAGUUGUGGGCUCGGCUCUUCUGCUAUUCUUCAAGAAAAAGUUCAGAGAUGUCUUGCCAGAAAUGUUAAAGAGAAGAUGAAAUUCCAUCCUGGUGCAGUAUGUUACAAUAUUACAAUUAGCACUGCCAUUGGCAGAUAUAGGCGUAUAGGAUAUACAAAAACUUCCACACAAUAAUGUUAAAAGCCUCUGUUUGUGAAGAGGAUAUGGAGGAAAUAAGAGGGCCCUAAAGAAUGAACAGGAAGAACAUUUUGUGCAACAUCCAAUUAGAUGUGCAAGGAGGAUUCAACGGUUGGUCUAAUGGCUACUGUUAGAUGUGCGUGAAUGGAAACAACCGAACAAGAGACUGAUCCUACCUAUCUCAUGUUGCUCUCUGUUAUUGCUUUUGAGCAGCGAGUGUACUGUGGGAUGUAGCACAUUGCUUUACUGUAUAUUUAUACUAAAACCAUAUAUAUAUGUGGCAUUAUUUUCCAUUGCAGCGAGUCCUUGUCCAAUUAGAUCUUCGUAUAUGUGGC